UUCUCGGAAAUUCCAUUUGGUCGCGCGCGUCGUUCGGGAAUUCCCAUUACAGUUGUUAACAAAGAUCUAGUAAACAAGAUAACUGUUUACUUGUUAGAAGUUAAAAUGGACUGGCUGAGUUCUCUCUACACAGGUUUUUUUAGUCACUUACGAACAGAGCGGCACCAGGAGAAAGUUGAGAGGAAAAUGUCGAGAAAACUGGGUCGUCUGGAGGUCAAGGCCGCCAAGCUGGACUACAAGGCAGCCAAGUUCCAGUACCGGGCCGACCACUGCAGUACUAGGAGGAAGCAGAAACUAGAGAGGAAAGCCGAGAGACUGGGCAAUCGGGCGGCGCUGCUGAAAACCAAAGGGAAGGAAGCGGGGAUCAUCCCAGGGGAGGUCACCGAGGUCAACCACGACACGGUUCUCCCCCUGGACAAGUAUGACGUCACGCUCCAGCCGCCAUGUUAUGAGGAGGCCAUGCAGGUCCCGCCCCCUUACAGCGAGGCGCCACCUGCCGGCGGUUUGUACCCUGUACUCAAGUGAGAGACAACUCUCGCUAGCCUGUCUCAGGCAAGAAAUAUGUGUUAAGCUUUGUCCGACUAAAUCUAAAUACAAAAUAUAAUUUCAACAUCUACAAAUUUAAAUUAUUAAAAAUUGUUUUGUUAAAUUUUAACAAAUGUGUUUAAUUCUUUACUUAGAUCUAUGAUUCAAAUAAUUAUUUUUAUAUCCAAAAUACGGAUUAAAGAUUUUUAAAAAUUCA